AUGUAAACAUUCAACAAAAUUCAAAAUAUUUUCGCAAGUUUUACAGAAAAAGAUAGAUUUUAAAGCAUUAAAUGACAGCUGGCGUGUAAAAUACUGCUUUAAAUAUGUCAGGGCGAUCUAAGAGAGAUAUAAACGUGAACGAGAUGUCGAAAAAUGUUGACGUUUUGCGUGAAAGGCUUUCAAGAACCGAACUUUCGUUGCAAAAUUUGGAGCAAUUAUCGCAAAGGGAGUUCGCAAUCGACGACCCCUCCCAUGAAGAUCUUCCUCCUGCUCUCACCAUGGAGGAACUGAUGUUGGGAUCGGAUGCAGAGAGUCUUGCUUCGUAUGGAGGAAGGAUCAACCUCUCUGAGGACUUUGCUCCUUUGAUCCCGGACGACUCCAUGAGAUCGCCACGGAAACGCAACAACUCCAAAUAUGGGGAUAAGUUGAUGAAGAGUUUUGAGACGUUACCUUACCAUGGUCGGGACAGCACCUUAAAGGUUGAUUACUCGAAAUUUGAGAGCGAGGUUAAAUCGAACAGCACCCACGACGAUCUCAAUGUGAUCGAGUUGUCAUCCGAUCACGGUAACCAUAGCAACUCUGCAUCACGAGGAUGGGAUCCACCAACGCGUGGCACCGGGAGUCGAGGAUCUUCUGUGGAAAACAUAAGUCCUAGAAGGCCAAUAUCUGCUCGUUCAAACGCGACAUCCGUAACAAUCCUCGGUCACGAUGAUGACAGCAUGAAUCAGCAGUAUUCAGAAAAGAUGACUCAGCUUCGCUCGGACAAUGCUCGUUUAAAAACCCUUGUGUCACAAUUACGUCAGCAACUUUCGAUUGUUGCAAGAACACCACCCAGCCCCAACCAAGCCCCUACAGAUGUGGACGAGUUGAUUAUUUCUUUGAAAGAUGAAAUUAAAACAAAUGAACGAACGCUGAGGAAAGCUGAGGAUAAGUUGGAAUAUAACGAGGUUAUCAACCUGGAGAAAGAUGGGGUGAUAGUUCGGUUAAAGGAGGAAUUGGUCGGGUUUAAGAAGAUGGUGGAAGAUUGUGAAGCAAGAAGGAAAAGUGCUGAGUCAGAGCGAAACAAAGCUCUUUAUGACUCGUCAAAACUGUCGGAGCGAUUCAGCAAAAUCCAUGAAGCGAUGUCGGCAAAGUUGAGCCAAUCACGCGCCCUGCAUAAAAGCAUGACUCAGGCGAACCAAGAAAGAGACAAUAUGAUGCAACAAUGCAAUUCGCUGACGUUGCAAAAUAACAAACUAAAAUCCCAACUAAAAGCGUCAGAAGAAGGCAUGAAAGCAUUGGAGCGUAAGAUACGCAUGGAUGAGGUUGGGGGGGUCCGGGUGGUGGAACAACAAGUUCGGGAGUUGGUGGGUGAAGUGGAGCGUAAACAUAUGGAGAUAAAGAAGCUAAAAGCCGAGAACAUUGAUAUAUCUCAUCAACACCAACAAAUUGAACAACAAUUCAAUCAACUUGUUGACCAACAAAAGCAACUACAAUCGAGGCUUAUGACAUCACAAAGGGAGUUGGAAGAUUCAAAGUUAGAAGUUCAAAAGUUGUCUCAGUCAAGGAUGACCGAACAGCGAAACGCUCUCUCGGAGGUAACCAAUGUACGGCCACUAGAAUCGAUAUCCCCCCGUAAACACCGCGCACAAAUAUCAGAACUCAACAUGAAGUUGGCCACCAAGGAAUCGCAGGUUCAACGUUUGGAGGCGAGAGUUAAAAGUUACGCAGUUGAAUCGGAUAAAUUAGAUGAAAUACGAGGAGAGUUAUUGGGGGUGGUGGAGAAGUCCAGGCAAGGAGAGAGACGAGCCAACGAACUUGAAGAUCUCGUUCAUCUGCUUGAAGAUGAAAAAACUAAGAUUAUGAAAAAAUUAACGGAGACAGAGGACUCGUUGCACGACAAACUUGUUGAAACCGAUUCCUUGGAAUCGAGGCUGAAGGAAAGAACAUCAAUGCUAUCUAAGCACCAGAUUGAAAUGGAAGAAUUAAAAGAGAAAUUAUCGAAAACUAAAUCUGAGAUGAAAGAAAAAAGUUGUGCGUUGACGAGUUUGAGCAACGAACAUGAUAACAAGUGUAAAUUAAACAAUGAGCUCCGAGACAAACUCACUCAUGCGGAAAGAUCGCUGGAAGAAAUGACCCGAGCACUAGAGGGAGCAGCAGAGUUGUCGGGAAAACAGGAAGUGGAGUUGCGACGAGAAAUUAAAAAGUUAAAGAAAAUACACGCGGAGCAAAGUGAGGAGUUGAUGGAACAAAACCAAACUCUUUCAUCUGACGUUGAGAAAUGGAAACAGCAAGCAGUUACAAUGCGAAACCAAUCGUCUCGGUUUAACGAGGCUCUUGUUGCUAGUAGCAACCGCAUCCAGGAGUUGGAGGGGCAGGUUCGUCAUUUGGAGGAAGAAGGAAGGUGUCGGGUUCAAAGCCACGAGGAGGUGGUUGGUGUGCUGGAGGGAAAGUGCUUAAAAAGUUCGAAUCACAUCGUCGCGCUUGAGCGAGCACUAUCGCAAUGCAAGGAUGAGUUGACCAAUCACGUCGCUCGAAUGCACGAAGCUGAAAGUAACUUUGACCACCAGGUGGCGAUGAAGGGAGACCAGAUAAAGAAAUUGGAAAUUGAGUUGAAACUUUCGACGUCCUCGCUAAACGAGGAAAGUCGUCGCAUGGUGGAGCUAGAGAGUGCGUUGGAGGAACGACACGUGAUGUUGAGGGAAGCUGCGACGAGGAUCGGGGAACUCGAGGAAUCGCAAAGUUUGUUGCAAACACAGGUGUCGAAACAAGAACAUAAGAUACUCCUCAUGGAUGAGGAACGCGCGAAGUUGGUCGGUGAUCUUGAACGGAGGUUGGAAGAUGCGGGGAGGGAGGUGGAUGAGAAGAAGGAGCAGUUUAUGGGGAUUAACGAGGCGCUUAGACAAGUGGAAGGGGAUUUCCAACAAAGUAAGUCUGCGUUGUGUGCGUUGGAGCGUGAAGUGAACGAACUACGCAGCCAAUCAGAAGUCAAGGAUCGCGAGUUAACGAGGAGUAGCUUUGAGUGGGGCGAGAUGAAACGACACCUCGACGUAAAGAUUGAACUUGUUGCAUCAUUGGAAGAGGAAAUCCAGCGUUUGGAACGCAAACGUAAGAAACUUGAAGAGAAAUCGUUGAACCUUGAAACUGAGCUCACCCAAGUUAGAUGCCACGCCCAGGAGACACUACACCACAACCAGGAAUUGGAAAACUUUUCACAAAAUCGAAACGUGGAGAUUUUAAAAAAAGAUGAAAUGAUAAACAAACUACAAGACGCGUUACAAUUAUCAAAGAGCGCCCACAAGUGGUUGGAAGAUGAGAACCGUAAGUUGGAACGAGGAUUGGAGGAUCGGGGAGGGGAGUUGAAAGAAAGAGCUAAACAGUUAUCUAACCUUGACGCCCAACUCCACGAAAUUCGAAACACAACUGGGAAAAAGAAUCUUGAGUUGUUGAAUCGGGUGCAACUUGUUGAGCAACAACUUAGUGAGAGGAAUCAACAGGUAAAACAACUGGAUGAUCAACUAUCGUUAUUGAGGGAGGAAAGUAGGGAGGGGGUUCGGAAGAUGGAAGAGCAAGAACAACAUGGGAGGAGGUUGGGGAGGGAGUUGGAGCAAAAGGAACAGCGGAUCAAUGACUUGGAGAAGACAAUCGAGUCAGAACGUCGAUCACGUGAGGAGAAACAUCAGAGUUGUCUCGAAACGACGCAAGAAUUAAGGAUGACUCGGGAACGAGAGCAAAACAUGACACGGCAAAUUCAGGAUUGCGAGCGUGAAAUAGGGAGGUUAACUCGCGAGAUGGAACAGCUGAUGCUGGAGGUUGAAGAAGCAGGGAGUGUAAAUAAAGAGAAGGACGCCCGCUUGCAAAGUCUAACCAAGCAACUAUCGGAGGUGAAUGCAGAUAAAGUUGCCAUGGAGACCAAGUGGAGGGGGGAGGUGGAUCGGAUGCAAGUGGAUGUGGGGAGGAUCAGGGAGCAAUAUGUGGAUAAGAUUACGAAACUUGAGCACGAGAACUCGGAGCUCCGUAUGUUAGCGACGGUUGCCACGGGUGAUCAACGACAAGCGAUGAAUAGCGCCCUCGAGCGGCAGCAAGCGUUGGUGGACGAGAACAAUCGAACGAAGGAAGCAAUGCUGGCUCUUGAGCGCGAACUAGUGGCGAGAAAACAAGUUAUCGAGUCGGCGAACGACGCGAUUAUUAUGAAGGACGCUGAAAUAGCGAGAUUGGAAACCAAAUACUCGGGAUUGGAGCGAGGGGUAGCUAUGAGCUCGUUACCUAAUACCCCAGUAAAGUUGAAAUGCCAGGAAAGCAUCACCCGUCCUCAUGACAACGACGUCACCCCUACUUUUCUUGGGACUUCCCCGUGGCCCCCUAAAGACAACAACUUAACAGGGUCGUUGUUUAACGGCUUGGAGUCGGAGCUUGGGUCCAUUGCCCCGAGUUAUGUCCCAAUUGCCGCGAGCACUAAACGUCAUCACCCCACCAACCAACCAGACGUUGACACGUCAUCGUUCUUCAUGACGUCAUCACCCACACCUGACGUUGAUGACGUCACCAUUAAUAGCGGAUACUCGGUUGAGGAUGAUUCGUUGUAUAAAAGAGUUUUCGCCGACACGAUCCACGAUUCCACUACCGCUAGAGGAUGCACGAGAGCCACCGUUAGUAAAACCCUCGAUUUCGACCAUAGUGACGUCACACUGCGACCCGAGAAAUGCAUGGCUGAUCUACAAGAGAAGUUACGCGCCAGUGAACAACGUCGUCGUGACGUCACCUCCAAAUUACGUCAUCUUAAAGCUACGUCAUCGUCAUGACGUCAUCACAUCAUAGAAAUGUUAUAUUUUUGUAUUAACGCUGGUUUCCCCCAACGUCAUAGAGUAGAUUCAUUGUUUCGUAAUAAACGACCACAUACGUCA